ACAUGUGUGACCCAGUUAAAAAACAAAAGCAACAACAAAAGGCAUGAGUAACAACAACAAAAACAAUAAAAUUCAUACAAGAGCUACCUUCCCCUCGAUCGGCAUACAUAUGCGUGCCUAUGCAUAUUAAUUAAUUACGGCAAGCGUAUAUACAAUAAAAUCUAUAAGCAACUGAAAAUGAAAUGAAAUUAAAUGUUUGUGUAAACAUUGCAAGCAAAAUUGUUAAAAACGUUUAAGUCUCGUAUACGGAAGCUUAAGCAGCUCGCAGACGAUUUACAACAAUUAAUAAGUACGUGAACAACAAUUCUUUAUCUUCAAGAUCUUCAAUAAAUUGGACGAAGCAAAAUUAUAAGGUACUGUAAAGUUAACAGCGCAGUAACAGCGCAGCUCAGCGCGUGCGCGCCAAGCGCACACUACACACUCUUACAGUUGGGGAAGCAUUGACGGCGGUUUGCCAACUUCCUCCCACUGAUCUGAUCUCUUUAGCCUAACGCAAUGACUGAGAAUCAAUUGUAUUCCAUGUCAUCGGAAUUCUUUGACAGUGGCUCCAACAGCAGCAGCAAUCCUCUUAAGUUUGAACUGUACUCGCUGGGCACGCCCACUCUGACCAUAAACACUGGUAGCUAUAGCAACAACAAUAACACCAACAACAACAACAACAACAACAACAGCAGCAGCAGCAGCAACAGCAACAACAAUACGAAUGCCAUUACAAGCUACACAUCGAAUGUAAUGCUGAGCACCACAGCCAUAAGUAUACCACGCAGCAGUAAUUCUCAUCAUCACCAUCAUCCGUAUCAACAGCUGAGUGAGACGCCCACCUUGACAUCCUCGCUGCGUCAGCAUCAUUUGCACAGUUUGCCCAGCAUGGCGCAACAUCAUCAACAAACAUUGCAGCAGCAGCAGCAGCAGCAGCAACAGCAACAACAGCAGUCGCAUUCGCAUUCUCAAGCGUUGCAGCUGGGCGAGCUAUCGGACUAUGGCCUAGAUGCGCUGGACGCCGCCUCACUCUCGCCCACGCUAAUACAGGAUGUUAGCCUGGGCGCGUCUCACUCGCCGCUCAACACAACGCUAUACAGCAGCAGCGCCAAUGACGUUGCUGGCAGCGUUUCUGGCUAUUAUACAGCCACCGCAGAUUUAAGCGCCAGUCUCAAUUUGAACGUGGUGCAGGAGCAGGCGCUGCUACAGGAUGCAGUCAACGGUGGUCUGCUUUAUGAAAUGACGCCCAAUUCGAAUGCCAUGUGGAGUGAUAUAAAUAGCGCCAUUGUGCAUACCAAACACGAGCCAUUUAAUUUAGACGAUGAUUAUAUAUUUCCCAACGACAAAGCCGAGAUACAGAAUGCCGAUUUGUGCGAUCUGAAUGGCAGCGAUUUUCUAGAUGUCAUGGGCAAUUUUGAGGACAUGUUGCCAGCCGUAAAUGAAACACAGAAUGUCAACUUUUUGCUUUCGCCGCAGUCACAGACGCCCGAUGCGCUUGGCAUGCCACCGCUAGAGUUGUUGCAGCAGCAGCAGCAGCAACAACAACAGCAACAGCAGUUGCAAACGUUGCUCACACAAAGUCAACAACAACAACAGCAGCAGCAGCAGCAGCACCCACAGCAGGAUAGCUAUGAGCUAUUCCAUAGCACACCACAGAAGCCCACGCAGCAGCUGGGCUCAAGUUUCUCGCCAGGCAGUCAGGCCUCGCAGUCGCCAUUAACACCACCGCCCAUACCACAUGCCAAUCGUACACAAUAUCCUCUGGUCAAAUCGCGCAACAUGCAGGAGCUGAUGAAGAAGGGACUUAUGCCUUCGCCACCGGAGCGUCACUCCUUGCUUAGUCAGUCGGCAGCCCUAAGUCCGGGCGGCAGCAGCAGUGGCUUUGGCAGUGCCAACAGCACCACAGCUGCUCAAGGUCAGGUUGUUGUUACAGCUGGCGCAGCAGGCAGCGUUCGCAAGUCUCUGGGCUAUCCAGGCGCUGUUGAGAGCUCACAGCUGUCACGCCUGUCAUCGUCGGCGCCCACGCACGGAUGCUUGGAUAUUUGGAUGCGACGUGAGCCGCGUCAGCAUUUAUUAUCCACUGGCUCAUUGGCCGAGGCCGAGAGCUACUCGUCACUGAGCACAGGCAGUGUGCUUUCGCCAGAUGGCAUUGAUUUCUCCCAAGAUGAUGACGAUGAUGUUUCGAGCGAGAAUAGCGAUAACUAUGAUGAUUUUAGCAGCGAUGGUGGCUCUGGGGAUGAGGAUGAAACACGCACAUCGACACCAAAUCAGCUAAGCAGCAGCAAGGGAAAGGAGCGCUUCUUCUGGCAGUACAAUGUGCAGGCAAAGGGACCCAAGGGCAAGCGGCUGGUAUUUCAAUCCAAGCUAGAGGAUCCGCAUGUGCUCAACGAAGUCGCCGAUCCGGUGUUCAGUCCCAACUGUUCCGUGCGUGGCAUUAAGGUCUAUAAGCAUAGCGGCAAGGCUCGCAAGGGUGAUGGCAACGAUUUGACCCCAAACGCACGUAAAUUGCACAGCAUUGGCAAGGAACUGGAUAAGCUGAGUCGCACGAUCAAUGACAUGACGCCUGUGUCGGAGCUGCCCUUCAAUGUGCGCCCCAAGUCGCGCAAAGAAAAGAACAAGCUUGCCUCGCGCGCCUGCCGCCUGAAGAAGAAGGCUCAGCAUGAGGCCAACAAGAUCAAGCUUUUUGGAUUGGAAAUAGAGCAUAAGCGCCUUAUCAAUGGCAUUGCCGAGCUUAAGCAGGCUUUGGCACUGAAGCAACGCACACAAAGUUUGGGCGAAUCCACUGAGGAUGUGGAUCAGCAAAUUCAACGCAUUUACGGCACCGCCUCAGCUGGCAUACGCGUUGCAGGUGGUUCCACUGAUUUUGUGAACAAGGUUUUGGAAAAUAUGCGCGGUGGCAUGCCAAAUGGUGGACUGGAGGAGCUGCGCAAGUCAUAGGCCAAAAAUACCAGAAGCAACAACAAAUACGAACCGCCCAUCAACAAUAAACUUAAGCAUAAUUAGCAAGUAGCAUUGCCCUCGCUUACAAAACCAAUCAAUUCAAACCAAUCCAACUACCAAUUAACCAAACAAUAAAUCUGCUUGCAUGAGUGAUAAAUAUGAAUGUGAAUGUGAAUGUUAGAGAGAAAGGAAGUGAAAGAUAUGUAACUGUGAUUUAAGAGCCUGGCGUUGUUUACUGCAGACAAAUAACUAAAAAGUAAAAAGAAUACAAAUUUAAUUACACAUUAUUUUGGCCAGCGCGCGCAAAACUACAAAGAAAUUUCCUGAAAUGUAUACAUACAUAUAUGCAAAAUGUACAGCAAAUGAAACGAAACAAAAUGUAAAGAAAGAGGCAACCAUAAAAACAAAAUUAUUAAGAACCCUAAUUGUUUAGCUUUUAAGAAUUUUUGUUAAGAUGCAUUGCAGGCAGGACGGCAAAGGCGUUUCGUAAAUUGAAAUGCGUUUAGGAAUUAGCUACCAGUUUUACCUGUUUACGACAUAAGUUUUGAUUUGAAUCAUGAAACUUAGCUUUUGCAAUGAAAUAUAACACACAUAUAUAUAUAUAUACAGCUGCGAUUUAUUUGUUUAAGUUUGAAUGCUACAUCUAUAUCUAUGAAUAUCUAUA